AUGUCAUCACCAAUCGCCACGCCUCCUCCACCUCCAACCACCGCCUCAUCUCCCCCCUACGACCGCCUCAAAGCCGUCAAAGACUUCGACGAAACCAAAGCCGGAGUAAAAGGCCUCGUCGACUCCGGUAUCAAAACAAUCCCUUCUUUCUUCAUUCACCCGCCCGAAACCCUAUCCGACCUCGCUCCCGGAUCCGGACCCGAACCCGAACCGGAAGUCCCAACCAUCGACCUCUCUGCUAUACACCACUCCCGCUCCUCCGUCAUUGAUCAGAUUCGUUCCGCUGCGAGUACCGUCGGAUUCUUUCAGGUGAUCAACCACGGCGUACCGCCAGAUCUACUGCGAAGUGUUAUCGGUUCUGUAAAGGCGUUUCAUGAACAGCCUGCGGAGGUUAAGGCGCAGGUGUACCGUAGGCAGGUAGGAUCGGGCGUAUCGUAUAUAUCCAACGUCGAUCUCUUCACUUCUAAAGCUGCCAGUUGGCGUGAUACACUUCAGAUUAGGACGGGACCGAUUGCCGCGGAAGAGAAGGAGAUUCCAGAGGUGUGCAGGAAGGAGGUGAUGGAGUGGGAUAGAGAAGUAGUGCGUGUAGGAGAUAUUUUGCUGGGUUUGUUGAGUGAAGGGUUGGGAUUAGGUGAAGGAGGGCUCAAGAAAAUGGGUUUGUCACAAGGGAGGUUGAUGGUUGGCCACUAUUACCCAUUUUGUCCUCAGCCUGAUCUUACUGUUGGACUCAAUUCCCAUGCAGAUCCAGGGGCACUCACGAUAUUGUUGCAGGAUCAUAUCGGUGGCUUACAGGUUAGGACCCAACAGGGUUGGGUUCAUGUCAAGCCUCUUGAUGGAGCCUUGGUUAUCAACAUUGGAGAUUUACUUCAGAUCAUUUCUAAUGAGGAGUACAAGAGUGCUGAUCAUAGGGUAUUAGCAAAUUCUUCUAAUGAGCCGCGAGUCUCAAGUGCUGUUUUCCUAAUGCCGGGUGACAGAGAGAAGCUCUUUGGACCUUUGCCAGAGCUAACAUCAGCAGAAAAACCUGCUCUUUAUAGAGAUUUCACACUCAACGAAUUUUUGACAAGGUUCUUCAAGAAAGAGCUAGAUGGUAAAUCAUUGACAAAUUUCUUCAGACAAUAA